CGUGGUGACGCUGACGGCGGGUGACACGCGGCUGUUGGCGCACAGGGCUGUCCUGGCGGACAGGAGCCCCGUGUUCGCGGCCAUGUUCGCCCACGACACCCUCGAGGCCAGCAGCGGCGCGGUGAGCAUUGCCGAUGUGGGGGGCCCGGUGCUGAGGCAGCUGGUCUCCUACCUGUACACACUGCGGGCCCCCCAGCUGCCCGGCACGGCCCCCCAGCUGCUGGCCGCAGCGGAUAAGUACGGGGUGUCACGGCUGAAAGCAGAGUGUGAGAGGCAGGUGGCCGCUCAGCUGACUGUUGAGACUGCGGCAGCCGCGGCCGUCCUCGCAGUCCGCCACUCCUGCAGUGACCUCAGGCGCACCGCCAUCGAAUUUAUUAAGGCACGUACCCACGAGGUGAUGGCCACUCAGGGGUGGGCAGAUGCCAUGCGGAAGCAGCCGGAAGACUUGAUCGAAGUGAGCCGGUUGCUGUAUGAUCCACCACCACGAACCAGCGCACCAGCCGCCACCAUCACCACUGCCACCGCCACCACGGCCAGCACACCCCGCCAGCCACCUGCCGCUGCUGCACCGCCCACGUCUCCUCCACCUGGACAAGCCACUGUCUCUCGCAUCCGCCCACCAGCUGCUGCACAGCUGGGGCCCACCACCACCACCGCCACCGCCACCGUCACCGUCGCCGCCACCACCACAACCAGCACCACCACCGCCGCCGCCACCAGCACCAGCGCCACCACCAACACCACCGCCGCCACCAGCACCACCACCACCACCGCCACUAGCACUGCGAGCACAACCUGCCAGGGGCCUGCUGCUACUGUGCUGCCUAUGACUCCUCCACCUAAUGAAGCCACUGUCUCUCUCAUGCAGAGCAUUUCUGCGGAGGAGAGAAGCAGGAAGCUGAUAGAGGCAGCUAAGGAGGGGUUGGUGGAGCAGCUGCGAGCGUUGCUGUUGGCAGGGACGGACGUGCAUGCGAGGGACAGAGACAGACGGACUGCCCUGCACUGGGCGGCAAUCAGGGGACACUUGGAGGCGGCGAGCAGCCUUGUAGGAGGCGGUUCAGAGGUGAACGCCAAGGACAGCUGGCACAACACGCCUCUGCACUUGGCUGCACGGAGUGGCCAUGGAGCUGUGGUGUGGCUGCUUUUGGGGGCCUACGCUGACCCCAACGCGAGGAAUCAGUGGGGUUCGACGCCGCUGCACAGGGCGGCAAUUGGUGGCCACAUAGAGGCGGCAGCUGCACUGAUGCAGGCUGGAGCCGAUACAGAGGCCAGGGAUGAGGAUGGGGAGACCCCCCUGGACCUGGCCUGGCAAAACAACAAGCACCAGCUGGUGGACUUGCUAACACAUAGUUGAC